ACGUCACUUGGGGAUUAUCUCUUCUCUUGACGUUCAUCUUUCCAUCUUGUUCCUGACAUCUUUAACCUCUUCUCAGCUUCUGGUUCUGUUUUCUUCUUAUCCUCUGGUCCACCCUGUCAAAACAAAACACUCUGCGCGCGUUUGGCGAUACUCCGACUCAACCCAAUCCAACCGAACCGAAACCUCAUACCAAAAUGGCCCCCAUUCACGACCGCAUCCGCGACGACCUCCUCGCAAUGGAACGUCGCCUCUGGACAGCCCUCACGUCCGCCGACCCGGGCCCGGAAAUCAAGAAGAUGUCCAACGACGACGCCAACUUCCUCUUCCCGAAGCGCGAUAUCCUGACGCUGCAAAGCAAGGACCCGUCCCUCUCCGAGGCCCUGAAGCCUCCCUUCCACCACUUCGAGGAGUACGAGCUGAAGGACGUGCGCGUGCUGAUCAUCGACCUCAUGGCCGGCACGGUCACCUACAAGAUCAACGCGCGGCUGCGCGGCAAGAUCGAGUUUAAUGGCACGGGGUCGACGACGUGGAGUCAGGGGUCGGAUGGGGAGUGGCGGAUUGUGGUGCAUCAGGAGACCUCGUUGGAGUGAUCUGGUUUUUUCCCCCGAUUUGGUGUGCACGGCUGUAGUGGGGGAUGAGAAUCGACGGGCGAGACCGUCCCGGCCCCGGUGGACGGCCGGUUGGAGAUUGUGUCUGCUUCGCUUCGUACAUACUUCCUGCUUGAUACUCUUUUCUGUUGUUGACCUUGGACC